UCAUCAACGAUAGUGACUCACUCACAACCUCACUCGCCAUCCCGCACCCUCUCACCUCACCACGAGCUUUACACAUUUUACUCCCAUAAGUCAAAGCGUUCAAUAAUCUCAAACCUCAAAAUGCCACCCUCAACCCCCCUAGCCCUCCCGAAAUCCCACCCCUCCCCCGCAAUAUUCCAAGUCCUCCUCGACCGCUACAAAUCCCUCCGCCUCACAUCCCUCCUCCUCUCUCCAUCCUGCUUCGGCUCAACCCACGCCCGCGAGGUCGUCUUCCCCCCAGAGAAAUGGGUAUCCCGCCUCACGAACCCCGGCGCGACAACAAUAAUCAUCUACGAGGACGCGACACCAUCCCCAGAUACGCUCCCGACCUCAGCAACAUCUUCUACAGACAACGAUGACUCUGCCUCCUUGGGUAAAGCCCUUACGGCAGAGUGGCUAGCAACACUGACAAUAACCGGCCCCCUCGACGCAGAAACCCUCUCAACCUCUCUCCUAGACUUUGGUCCGAAACACCAACCCUCACCAGACGUCCCCAUGUCUCAAUACGUCAUAAACGGCAUGUUCGUAACACCGUCGGCACGGGGGAAACAACUCGGCACCAAACUACUCGAAUUCGCCAAAGCCCAUGUCGCUUCAGAAAUAGCAACUACCCACGCAGAAGGGAAGGAGAAGGAGAGAGCACGGAUAUCACUCAUCGUGGACUACGACAACGAACCCGCCCGCAAGACGUAUGGGAGAUCUGGAUUUGAGAUUGUCCGUCGUUAUUGGUUUAAUGAUUACCGUGAGGGAAGGGAGUCGAGGACCGAGGCGGCGGUAAUGACGCUUGAUCUUUGAUAAUCGUUGCAUGAGGACCAAAAAGCCCGAUUAACUUGCCGUUAGACAUUGAGUAUGAUCAUUCGCUUAGGAAGCGGAAAAGGUCGCUGUCGAUGACCAUAGACGGAGGUAGCGAGCAUCAUUGUAGAUAGAUGCACGUCAUGUCACGAAUUCA